AAGUUGAUGAAGUGUCUGUGUUGCAGGAACUGAGUAAGUUAAGAACUACCAAAGCCACUGGUCUGGACGGAAUUAGUGCUAAACUACUUAAAGAUUCCGCCUAUAUAAUCGCACCAUAUUUGACCAAAAUUUUCAACCUCUCCUUACGCUGUGGCUCAUUUCCCGACAUCUGGAAGAAAGGUAGAGUUACUCCAAUUUUCAAAUCUGGAGACCCAACUUCAUCCAACAACUACCGACCAAUCACCAUCCUACCAACCUUGAGUAAGUUACUAGAACGAAUCGUCCACCAUCAAGUUUACAAUUAUCUGCAAGAACACAAGUUACUAGCUUCCCAACAAUUCGGUUUUAGCUCCAAACUGUCAACCACCAUUGCUCUGGCACAUUUUACUGAGCAGAUACUGGAUAAUCACGAUCACAGAAAAAUCACUGGUGCCGUCUCUAUCGACCUAAGGAAAGCUUUUGAUACCGUAAACCAUACCAUCUUAUUGGAGAAAUUGAGAACAAUCGGUUUUACCUCGUCUGUUCUCGACUGGUUCUGCUCGUAUCUAUCAAACCGUACCCAAGUAACCGUGAUCAACAGUUCAUUGUCGCAACCCAAGCCAGUAACUGUCGGAGUCCCUCAGGGAAGUAUUCUUGGACCACUUCUCUUCCUUACUUAUAUUAAUGAUCUACCUGAAUGCUUGACCCACUGCAAGUCGAUACUUUAUGCCGAUGACACACUCCUUUAUUACUCUGCAGAAAGUAUUUCCGAUCUACAGUCAAAACUCAACUCCGACCUACGAUCCCUUUCCGAUUAUCUUAACAACAACCUCCUUACACUCAAUCAUGACAAGACAAAGUUCAUCAUUUUCGCCGGUAGACAACGCCUAAGAUCCAUCUCUAACAUCAACAUCUCUAUUUGCAAUCGGACGAUAAAACAAGAACAAUCGUUAAAAUAUCUGGGCAUCACAAUUACCGAGAACCUUACCUGGCAUGAACAUAUUGAGAAAUUAAUGGGGAAAAUCAACCAAAGAUUGGGAUUGCUGCGCCGUGUGAAAUCUUUCUUACCGCUGGAUGCAAGACAGAUUUUCUAUACUUCGACAAUACUACCGCUAUUUGACUAUGCCGAUGUAAUUUGGGCGAUAAAAACAAUUCAGAACUCAUGAACUCCUUGCAAAGUUUGGAAAAUAAAGCAGCUAAAUUAAUACUAGAUCUCCCUCCUCUUUCGUCGGCAACCGAAGCUCUCGCUACAUUACACUGGUCAACUCUCAUCUCGCAGAUAUAAACAUCGUUGUAUCUUUAUCUACAAAUGCACUAUUAAUGGACUGAUAGAUUUCGACUUCAAUCUCACAACUAACAGCAGAAUCCAUUCCCACAGUACAAGAUCGUGUAACAACCUCCAUCUCCCGAAAGUCAACACGAACUGUGGCAAACAUAAACCAACCUACCUCGCUUCGAAAGACUUUAACAACUUGGACGUUUCCGUCAGAAACACUGAUUCUUUCAGUCAAUUUAAGUCUUUACUAAGGUCACAUACCGUAUAACUAUUCUUAGUUGUACUUAUUAGAUAUAGUUAAUUAUUCGUUUCUUUAUGUCGUGACGUUGUAAAUUAAUUGUAUAUAUUUAUAUAAGUAAAUUUUGUUAAUGAUUGUAUCAUGCAGGACCCCACUGAAAAACACAUUAGUGAUGUGGGUAUCCUGGAUAAAUAUAAUUAUAAAUAAAAAAAAAAAAAUAAAUAAAUAAAUAAUUUAAUAAAAAAUGCAGUACGUUUGAUCCUUGAUAACUUUUGGUAUCGUAGGUUUGGCAUCGUAAUACUUUUAUUUUGAACGUUUUAAUAGCAGUUUAAUCCUAGUGUACGGACCAACUGGCGGCCGAUAGUCGACAGAACUAGUAUGCAGCGUACUGAAUAUAACUUUACUUGUACGGCGGAAACGCCGGAAGUUUUAUUUGUAGGGCACCGCAUUUUAGUACUGUGUCUGGUUCUAUAAAAUCCUGACCUGGCCACCUGGGGUCACUAUACUGUCCUAGGCCUGGGUCAAAACUAAUUCACCUAACAAAAACUUCAAAACUGAGCCACCUACCUGCACUACAAACCUAGCGAAUUUGAGAGCGGCAGCACUCUCCUCUUGACAAGCAAAAUCGACUGGUAUGAGACGUUAAAUAAUAAAGGAGUGUACAUGUGCUAUUGGGGCACAUGUACAAUACUCAAAAAUAUAAUCUGUAUCAAGUACUGUUGCUAAACGUGAUAAGUUUGAUUUUAAAUAUAGUUCACCAAAAACUAUUCUAUAUAAGCGGAAUUUGCACGUUUUCCGCCGUGUGAAGGACAAAAGCACAGCGCGCAUGUGUUGCCUGAACAGAAGAACAAUGUUUCUUCCGCAGGCAAAAUAUACAAAUUCCCCUUAUACAAUUAGUCUAAAUUAUGCACAAUGCAUAUCACAAAAACAAAUCAACAAAACCAACCGCCUCGCACCGUUCAAAGAAAGACCCUGGGAAAGACCUUGGCCAACCGAGGCCAGUGUGAACGCCUGAGCUGGCGUCUUCGUUUCUGUAAAUUGUUCUGUUUUUCAGUUUUUCUGUAGCGGUUACCAAAUUAUGAGCAAAUAUGGUGACAAAAUUGUACAGUCCCAGCGAGUUAACGCUCCAUAGAGCGUCUUGUUUCUAAUACUUCGUUAAUAACUGAGAAGGUCAAACUCGAAACGAUUUUUGAUGCUUAUAUAAUUGAAUGCAUGUAGCAUCACCUUUGAGACUGGAGUCUAUUUUAUAUCACUAAGAGCGCUUUUCGAUUGACUUUUUCCAUUCGCAAAUUUUAGAUUCAAGGAAUCAAGCCUUAUUAUUAUCGCUGAACGCUAACGUUCACAACCAGUGGCAUAAUGUCAAUUCAGUUGAUCAAUUGGAGAAUUUGAAAAUUCAUCAGUGUAUAAAUAUUGUUCAACAAAAUGACUUUAUAAAUACACGUGUUGUCUGUUGAGUUGCGAAAUUUAUGAGCCAAAUUAGUCAUUCAUGCAUGCGCAUCGUCUGAGCACGGCAUGGGCAGUUCUACAAUAGUCAGAUAUUUCGCAAGUCAGAAAUUUCGCGUUACACCGGCUCCCCUGCCCUUCACGUUUUUCCAAGUGAGGUCUUCGCUAGAAGGUCGUGUUAAUUGGCCGUGAUAUCGCGGUCAAAACUGGGAAAAACAAGAUAUAAGUUCGGCAAGUUUUGAUUAGGACAUCACUGUUCGACACAGGUUCGACAUGGGUUUAGACCCCGCGUGCAUGCUUUUCAUGCUCCGAACCUUAGCAGUAUAAUUUUUUAACGUACAUUAUGAUUUAAAGAUAAAGAGCAGAGCCCAGCAGAUAACUUUAAAACCAAACAUAAUAAAAGUAAUAAAAAAAAUUAUUAAGAAAUUAUUACGGUUACUUAGUUUGAAAGAACAAAUGAUAAAACAACUUAUCAGUAACUAGUUAAUUAGUAAAGAUUAAUGUUAAGUGCAUAGUUAGUAUAGUAAAGUUAAUUACUGCAAACGCCAUCUGGGAACGAAAUUAAUGAUGUGAGGUGGACUUUAGUACCACCUGAAAUCGGGAUGGGUAUUUUCAAGUAGGUACAGACCUGGGUGUUUCGAAACGCGAAGAUAAACGGGGGGAGUUGGGUGCGUUUAGCCGCAGGUGGGUGUUAUAAUGAAGUGAUGUGAUGUGAUAUAAGUAGUAUUUUAAGUGCAAUCAUGCGUAACGAAGAGUAUUAAAGUAAGGAGAGUUAAUAUAUUAUCACAGUUUGGCGUUUGAGAAGCGUAGCACAUGGACGACGGCUUCAAUUUCACGUACCGAAAUCCCACAGCCAGCCAAAUGGUCGUUUUACCUCCUGAACAAACCGCCACAGAUUGAAGAACAAACCCAGCAAGCUCCUGAAGGGCCGCAACAAGACAUUUCCAAUGGCAAUGCCGCCGAAGCUGGCAACCAGAAAGAUGCUGCUCCCGCCCGAGAUGCUCAAGGCGAACAACCAUCGAAUGUAGAG